UAGUCACGUGUAUAUGCAUAUGCGGCAUGCGGUUCAGUGUGUGUCUUCUUGGCAAAGCAGGCCAUAUAACACGAUUGAAAGACCAAUAAAGUUGGCGAUUUUGACAUUUCGGAAUCUUUUCGAGCCUCGAUUUAACUUUGAGUGUGUGAACUGAAUCCUGGACGUCAUUUCGGAAGGAGUGUGACUUAGAUCGGUCUACAAAAUCAAGAAUGGGGAAUGCUGGCAAAGUUUGUUUGAGUGUGGUGCUGGGGCUAGGAAUCAUCUGUGCAGUCAUCGGUGGGGUGAUGUUUCCAAUCUUACAAACGAUCAUCCACAAUGAAAUCGUCGCGCAAACGAUGCUGGAGAACGGCACCAUGGGCUAUGAGAUCUGGAAGGACCCAACGGCAGAUGUCUACAUGCAGUUCUGGGUCUGGAACCUGACCAAUCCAGAUGAGGUCCAGGCAGGAACCAAGGAACCGUACUUAGUUCAGCAAGGACCCUACACGUAUAGAGAAGUUAUGAUCAAGGAAAACAUCACGUCCCACAGUAACGGCACCAUAACCUACGCACAACAGAAAUCUUAUAUCUUGGACCUAGAUCUCUCUGUGGGAGAUCCAAGUAAUCAUACCUUCACUACAGUCAACAUUCCUGCCGUGACUGCAGCUGGACUGCUUCCGUUCUUGAGUGCUCUCGAUAGGUUGGCAUUGAAGAUUGUCUUAGAUGGAACUCCAACUUUCCAGAGCAAAACAGUGGAGGAGAUACUAUGGGGUUAUGAGGACCUUCUGACCCAGCUAGCCUACUCCAAGAAUCUGUAUCCUUACCCCGAAUUUGGAAUCUUCGUCAAUCGCAACAACUCCAAUGAUGGUUUGUACACUGUCUAUUCUGGAGUGGACAAAAGUGAUACUGACAAAAUCAACCACAUCAGCAGGUGGAAGGGCGAAUCGGAACUGUCGUUCUGGAGCUCUGAUGAGGCCAACAUGCUCAAUGGAACGGAUGGAUCUUACAACGCACCUUUUUUCGAUAAGAAGAAGAUGAUGUAUGUGUUUUCCUCGGACAUAUGCAGAUCCAUCAACGCCGUUUUUGACGAGGAAACAAGUGUGCGCGACAUCCCCACGUGGAGAUACGUCGGCCCGCCGUCGGCCUUCGCAAACGCUACGGAGAACCCCAGCAAUGCUGGCUUUUGCACGCCAAGCCCGGAGUUCUGUCUGCCGAGCGGCCUGCUCAACAUCAGCAACUGUCAACACAAUGCCCCUAUUGUGAUGUCACUACCCCACUUCUUGUACUGUGACAAGGAAAAGGUCAUUGACCUGGUGCACGGGGUCGUACCAAACCAGGAAGAACACCAGACUUUCUUUGACAUCGAACCGAUGACUGGGGGGCCUCUGAAUGUUGCCAAGAGACUGCAGAUUAACAUUCACAUGCAACCAUAUCCGGAUCUCAAGUACCUCAAAAAUCUGUCCAAGUUUUACCUACCAGUCAUCUGGCUAAAUGAGAGUGCACUGGUAACCCAAAGCGGAGCUGACCAACUCAUAGAACAAGUGGAGAACCCCAUCCUCUACACGACCAUCGCCAAGUGGGGCGUGCUGGGUCUGGGUAUUUUGAUGGUGGCCAUAUCGACGUUGGUGCUGACCAUCAUGUGGAUUAUGAAACCCAGCAAGAAACCCACAGACUCGGUGAAUGCUGCUCAUCCUGGACUACAGGCCCCAUACCAGCCCAACGUGGCCCACCAGAACCCCCAAGUGGUCCCAAUCAACCCCAACGGCCCUGUAGCUCAACAUUCUGAGAGGACGCCAUUAAUAAGUUGAGAUUGGUGCAAAUGAAAAAAAACUGACCAUAUUUAGGGCUAUUUCAAAUAAACUCUAGAAUAGGACUGUCAAGAUUUCCAA